UAUAUACAUGGCUGGUAUUUCCCUCUCAUAUUUUAAUUAACCACUGAGCUAGUUAAUUAAAUCUUGCACCAGGCCAGUACUUGUUCUCUUGGAAUCAGCUUUACUGAAGAGAGGAAUGAACCACAACUCUCUCUUUCUGUUCUUCUGUCUUCUUCAACUAUCCACCAGCGGUUAUACUGAUAUAUCGGUCAGUCCUGGUACUCUUGUAUCGAGAGAUGAAGCUGCUAGCUGCAGACAGCACAGGACUAUAGUAUGCGAGUCCAAUCCUGUGGUAUCAUUAACUCAAUCAGUGUACAAUCUUGCUCUUUUUGAUCCAGCACGCAUUCCUUCAGCCUCUAUGUGUCCGAGCAGUACUUGUUGGAGCCCCCCACCAUUGAAGUAUCAGUUACUGCAUGAUUCUGGAAGUAUACAUUGGACACUAAUAGUGAGGUGGGAGACUCCUCCAGCUAAUGUGAACUGUAGUCUAAUGGAGUAUCAGGUUGUACUGGAUAGAAGAGAUACUGUUACCAAUUUAACUUGUGCUAGUAUUUCAACACAGCAGUCAUGGAUAUUUGGACCAUUCAAUAAUACUGUCAGUCAUAUUUAUUUUCAUCAGCCUUUUUUGUCUUUUCCUGGACCACACCAGUAUCACAUAAAGGUGAUUGGUUUAGGAAUAGAGUAUCCAUUGCUAGUAGUUAAUACUCCUAUUAAAUGUACUCAGCAGUACUUCACUGGGUGUCAGAACUGUGAAGAUGAUUCAUGCAAUCCUGAUGACUCACCUCCAUUUCUUAAUGUGAGCAUUACUGAUAGUUCAUCACCUCAUGGUCUCCAUGUCCUAGUGUCUAUAACUGAAUCUAAUGCUCAGGAGUAUUUCUUACACACUCUUUCCUCAGGGAGAAAAAUGCUACAUAAACUAAAUCAAGGCACUAGACAUGUCUACUUGUCUGGGGUUCCUCCUGAUAAUGAGACACUGAUCUGGCUAGAGAAGUUCUCCUGUGGCUGCUCCAACAGUUCACUCGUGUACAGGAUCAAUGGCUCAAACUACACCACAAUCAUGAGUACGAGUCAUUCCUCAAUUAUGAAACCAACUCCUCCAUACACGCUCACACCAUCACCUCCUACAACCGAUAACCAACCACCAGCAACUUCUAUUAAUAGUAACAUGAUGUCUAUUAAUAGUACCACAAUGUCUGUUAAUAGUAACACAAUGCCUAUUAAUAGUAACACGGUCUCCAUUAAUAGUACAGUAUCCUCUACCCCCAGCAGUGCCCCCUCUACUAACAAUAGGACCAAUAUGUUAAUACUGAUAAUACUCCCAGUCUCACUGGUCCUAGUGGCUCUAUUGAUAGUCCUGGCAGUGAUUGGGUUUCUACUGCACAAGAGGAGGAACAAGUGUGUGGAUACAGUCUGUUCUGAUCUACCCCCACCAUUAAGCUCACCCGACAGUGCUACCAUUAACAAUACCAUGAUGAAAUACUUCCAUCACUCACCCACCAGUCAUUCAGCCAGUACUAGUGUCAUCAGUAUCAUCCCCCAUGACACAGUGUCUGAUGAUAAAGAAGCUUAUCAUGCUUACUUGAAUGAGCUGGUACCUCAUGGAGCUAGUCUAGAGGUUUACUGUCGGUCGUUGCGAGUGACCCCAGCCGACUGGCUCCAGUCUGUGUUUAAGAGAGACUCCAUAGUACUGAUACUCAUCAAUGAGGAGUUUAAUGAUGAGUGGAACGGUCAUUCUGUCUCAGAUGUACCAGUAGUCUUUGCAUUGAAGCAGUUGGUUCAUUCUCUUGUCCAGCAAAGCCUAGAACUAAAGAACUUCCUGAUAAUACUACCCACCCCAGCAGAUAAGAAGCAUAUCCCUGACUAUUACCUAUUCCAUACCCUCCAGCGGUUCGACCUACAGGAUACUGAAGGAAUUGCUAGAUACAUCUUUAAAGUACCGGAAUUCACUGUAGACAGCACCUGCUAGUGAUCACUGAUACUACCCUUCACUAACCCAACAUCUCUCUCUCUCUCUCUCUCUCUCUCCUCAUUCUCAUUCACAUUUCACUUGAUUCAUUCCUCCAGUAUUAUGUACCAUAGUUAUUAUUUGAUUUUCCGAAA